AUGGUGAAAAUCGAAGAGAUUGCGUCGACUCUGACGUUCGCCUGGAGCAAUGACACGUUGCCGUUGCUCGCGACAGGUACCGUCGCCGGCGCCAUUGACGUGAACUUUACCCUGCUGCUGGUUCUUGAGAUCUACGACAUCUUCACCUCCUCGAAAUCGACGGAGCCAGUAUUCACCGCCAGUGUUGACGCCCGGUUCUAUGCACUUGCUUGGUCAAAACCCUUCGACAAUCGGGAGCAAGGGUUGAUUGCUGGGGCAUACGAAGAUGGCCUGAUCGAAUUCUGGGACGCGGCGGUAUUGAUCAAAACUAAAGACUUGAAGAAGGCCAGUGUGCACAAGCUGACUAAACACACCUCAGGGCCGGCCAAGGCAAUUGCUUUUAAUCCUUUGAAACCGCAAAUCCUCGUACUGGGCGGUGCUAAGGGUCAGUUAUUCGUGUGGAAUUGUGUUGGUUUCGACGAACCCACCACUCCGGGGACUGCUAUGACGCCUAUGGAAGAAAUCACAUCGGUAGCCUGGAAUAAUACCGUUCCCCAUAUUUUUGCUCUGACUGGGAACCUGGGCUACACUCUGGUGUGGGAUUUGAAAGCUAAAAGAGAGGUUUUGCAUUUGCAAUAUCAAUCACAAACUGGUGCUAGAGCCAAUUUCUCUCAAGUCGCAUGGCAUCCCACUCAACUGACCAAAUUGGUUACUGCUUCAGACCUGGACGUUUGUCCAUUGAUUAUGACGUGGGACUUGCGUAACUCUAAUGCUCCCGAGCAGGUGCUCUCGGGCCAUAAGAAGGGGGUUUUGCUGGUGGACUGGUGUCGCCAGGAUCCUUCCUUGUUAUUGCUGAGUGGUAAGGAUAACACCACUUUGUUGUGGAAUCCCCUUACCGCCACCAAGCUUGGUGAAUACCCUACCACUGCCAACUGGACUUUCCAUGUGCGUUUUGCUCCCAGAUCCCCUGACAUUUUCGCCAUGGCACUGUUUGACGGUAAGGUGAUCGUUCAAACUCUCCAAGACACUUCGCCUCCCGUCCUGGCAGCAGUGGCUGCUGCGCUGACUGUUGGUGGAGAUGACGCAUUUUGGUCGCAAAUUUCAACCACCGAAACUCAGCAACCAAAGUUUGAUGUUUUGCAAGCCCCCCAAUGGCUCAAGUGCCCUUGUUCGGCCUCAUUUGGUUUUGGUAACAAAUUGGCCAUUGUUACGACCACCAACGGAAAACUGACAGUUGAGGUUAAACGCUUUGCUUCGGGUGCAUCCUCCGGAGAGGCUUUCAAGCUGGCGCUUGCUCUGGGACUGUUUGGAGAAAUUAUUGCCAGCAAGACUGAACAAAAGACUACCGAGGCCGAUUCGGGCGACUGGAAGCUUUUGGAAAAGCUUAGCGGCGACAACCAACAUUACAAGAAGCAGUUCAUCGCUACCGACGAGAAGGAAAACUCAGACACGAAGGAAGAUUCAUUCUUUGACCACUUGGAAGAAUCAGUAUCUUAUGUUCCUGAAGGCGAAUUCGAACUUGGCGACAGUGAGCUUGUUAAGUUGGCUUUGUCUAACAAACGUGCCGCUGCUGUGCAAUACUGCUUGGAUAAUGGAAAGCUUGAGGAGGCGUUGUUGUUGGUACUCGACCCCAAAUCCUCUGAAGCGUUGCGAGAAAAAGUCCGUAAUGCUUACUUCAACAAGAACAAAGCUUCAACUGAACUGCGUGUGUUGUAUUCCGUAACUCGGGGUGACGUCGGCGAUAUUGUUGCACAUGCUGACACCAAGAACUGGGAGGACAUUGGUAAAGCCAUAGCUGCUUUCGCCAAUGAUCCUGCUCAAUACAACACGCAGAUGGCUCAUCUUGGGGGUCGGAUCAAGAACCGUGAUCACGCCUUGUCGGUGUUUGUUGCGGGCGAGAAUUUAGAUAAGAUAGCCGCGAUAUGGCUUGCCGACAUGCCGGCGUUUGAAGAAAAGUUGUUGAGCGGUAGUGACAGCAAGAUUUCUUCUCCGGCUGAUGCGCGGUACGCUACCUUGGACAAUUUUGUUCAAAAGAUCGCCACUUACCGCCAAGUUAGUGGUGCUCAAGCACCUCAAAUCACCGAUGAAGGUGUCAUCAAGGCCAUUUUGGAAUACUGCCUGAUGGUUGCAGCUGCUGGGGAAUUUGAACUUGCAGAACAAUUUUUGCCAUUGUUGCCAGACGAGGUUGCCCAGCUUGAGAAGGACCGAAUCUCUAAAGCCACCUCGAAGCCUCAAGCCAACACGAGCUCUGCUGCUUCCGUUGGCGGCGGACGUUAUGGUGCUAGAGCUGCGACCCAGCCAAAUGCUCAACCUAAGCAACCCACUCAGACCGCCCAAACGUCUCGCAUCCCGCCUACGCCAGCGGCCAACCCGGGUUUCUCGACAGUUCCACCUGUUGCUCCUGGCUUCCCUCCGGCUCCGUCAUUCACCCCUCAACCGGUGAAUCCAACUCCUGCUGCUGCUACACGUGCUAACCCUUACGCCAGGUCUAACCCGUAUGCCCCCCAACAAGCCCAACAACCAGUGCAACCAGCUCCUGUGGCCAACCCGUACGCUGCCCCGCCUCCCAUUGGCGGUGUCACCUCACCGGGACCUCAAUUUAUGCUGAUGAACGCUACGCCCCCUCCUCCCAAGAAGAAGGAAGAAGGCUGGAACGAUUUGCCUGAUGGUAUUCAGAUUGGGUCGAAGCCUAGAAGAGCUGCUGCCGCCGCAACGGUCACCCCCACCCCGCAGGCGUUUGGUCCCACGGGUUCGCAAGCUCCUCCCUUCCAAGGACCCAAUGCUGCUCCUCCUCCUGGUCCAUCUCGCAAGGCUUCGCAAGCCAAUGGCAUGACUGCUCCUCCUCCUCCAAAAUCUUCCAACCACGGGCUGGCUACCAAUUCACCCCGUCCGGGCCAUGCAGGGACCCAGUCGAAAUACGCUCCUCCCCCUGGUUCGGUAGCUCCUCCCACUCCUCAAUUUGAAGCUCCGCCUACUCGGUCGUCGCAAUCACCAGCAAAGGGCCCUCCCAAAAACCCAUACGCUCCUCAAUCGGUCCAAGUUCCUCCUCCCAUGGGAUCGGUUCCUCCGUCGACGUCGUUUGCAGCUUCUCCUGCCGCGGCCACAGGAGCACCUCCUAAGAACCCUUAUGCCCCUCCUCCCGGGGCACAGCCGAUGGCUCCCAUGCCCAGUGGCCCUUCUGCUGCCGGAGCGUUUGCCCCACCCCCCAUGAGCGUCGUCAGUGGGUUUGCCCCUCCCCCUGUGGCUCCCGUUGGUCCUCCCCCCAUGGCUGCUCCUCCAAUGGGCGCCCCUCCUAUUGGAGCCCCUCCAAUGAGUGGUCCCAUGCAGCCCGCCCCUCCUUUGGCAAGCCAAUCGCAAUCGCCCGCGUUGCAGUCGGCUCUGCCCGUUCCUGCAACUAGCAAAUACCCCCCGGGUGACCGUUCUCAUAUCCCUGAGGGCUCAAAGCCCGUAUAUGAAACUUUGCUGAAGAUUCACGAAGCUAUCAAGCCUAAGAUUCCCGAAAGGUUUGCCAAACAUGGUGUUGACAUGAACAAGCGGCUCAACAUAUUAUACGAUCAUCUCAACAAUGAUGACUUAUUAUCUGAGGCUGCAAUUGGGGAAUUGAAGAAGAUCUGUGACGCGUUGGAGGCUAAAGACUUUGCCACUGCCUCGUCGCUUAACUUGGCUUUGGCCACGAACCAUAGUGAUGAGAUGGGUCACUGGAACACAGGUGUCAAACGAUUGAUUACUAUGGCCGAAGUUAUGUACGAAUGA